AUGGAAUUAGUUAACAGUCUCGAUGGGCGCCUUCUCAUGGCUGUUCCGAAGAAGGGUCGUCUUCACGAUGCGGCUUUGACCCUCCUUCAGGGUUCAGAUAUUCAAUUCCACAGACACAACCGUCUUGAUAUUGCCCUGUGUCACAACCUCCCAAUUGCCCUCGUCUUCCUCGGAGCAGGCGAUAUCCCCGUUUUCGUCGGAGAAGGUCGUUGUGACCUCGGAAUCACUGGCCAAGAUCAAGUUGCCGAACACCAGAUUUCCGUCGAAGAGAUCCUAGAGCUUGGUUUCGGCAAAUGCAAGCUUCAGGUCCAGGUACCGGCUAACGGCCCCAUCAAAGAUCCCAAAGAGCUUGUUGGCAAGACUGUUGUCACCAGCUUCACCCACCUCUCUAGGGAUUACUUCAAUUCCUUGGAAGUCGAGAUGUUUGGAGCUGAGGCUGUUGAAAAGAAUGGUAUGAAGACCACCAUGAAAUAUGUUGGUGGUAGCGUGGAGGCGGCCUGCGCCCUCGGUGUCGCUGACGGGAUAGUUGACCUUGUCGAGUCCGGAGAGACAAUGAAGGCAGCUGGCCUUGCGGCCAUCUCCACAGUCAUGACGACUGAGGCUGUCUUGAUCAAGUCCAAGCACCCUCGCAACCCUCAGAUGGCCGAAUUGGUCCUCUCUCGCAUUAAAGGCGUCAUUAAUGCGAAGAAGUACGUGCUCUGCUCGUACAACAUCCCACGCACGCUUCUAUCUGUCGUCCACGAUAUUACUCCUGGCCGACGUGCACCCACCAUCACCUCCUUGGAAGAGGAAGGGUGGGUUGCCGUCCAGGCAAUGGUUGAGCGAAGCCGUGUGGCUUCGGUCAUGGACCAGUUGGACGAGGCCGGUGCUCACGAUAUCCUCGUGAUGCAAAUAUCCAACUCUCGCGUCGGCAAGCACUAG